GUGGGUGUUUUAGGUAUUUAUUCAGUUUAGUUUGUGUUUCCUAUUUUUCUAUAACUCACUUUGUGUGAUUCAAAUGUUUUCAGUGUAACAGAGUUUUUGCAUUUUAGGUGUUUUUGAUCAGAAGAGCUUCUGGAAUGUGUCUUACCCCACCCAGACUAUCUGUGCUCUGAUUGGCUCAUCAGUGGACAUCCAUGGUUACUACACCUUUCCUGGUCAGCUGCCUGACCCUCAGCCUGCAUGGUACAUCAGACUCCAUAGACAGGACAAAGAGCUGAGUCCUGCAGACGGCCGAGUGGAGUUUUUCAGUGACAGAGUUAAUAUGAACACAUUGAGACUGAAACAUCUCAGAGAGAGUGACUCAGCAGAAUAUCUCCUCCGAUUUAAAGCCCCCUACUGGAAUCACACACACAGCUCUGCUGGGGUCUCUCUUUCUGUCACAGGCCUGCAGGUGAAAGUGGGACCUAUUGCAGUCACAGUGACAGAGGAAAAAACAGUAACACUGAUGUGUAGCAGCACCUGCACUCUGCCGAACAACCCCACAUAUAUCUGGUACAAGAACGGACAGCCAGUGAUUCAUUGCAAAUCUGCCUCCUGCUCUGUAGCUGUGGUCAGUGGUGCGGUCAGCUACAGCUGUGCUGUUGAAGGUCAUGAGAGAUUCGUCUCUCCUCCAGUGUACUCUCCUAGAAGCACCAUUGCAGUGAUAGUUUCCUCUGGAGAGAGAGUGGAGGGAGAUUCAGUGACUCUGAGCUGCAGCAGUGAUGCAAACCCUCCUGUUCUCACCUACUCCUGGUUUAAGAAGAGAGCAGCUGCAGACGCACCACUGACAAUAGGCCAGAAUUACACCAUCACCAACAUCAGCUCCCAGCACAGUGGACUCUACUACUGCACCGCUCACAACCAGCUAGGACAGCACAGCUCAACACCCACCAGUCUGAAUGUUUUACCGAUAUGCCGCUGCUGUGUAUGAUAAUGUGUCAGCUCAGCCGUUUCAGCCUGCAAACAGAGAAGAUGAUCAGGACGACAUUCACUACUCCAGUGUUUACUUCACACCCUCUCACUCACAGGA